CCGGGAUCACUAGCGUUCACGUCAGUGGCGCUAGGCGCUACGCCUUUGGAUUAUGGCCUGUGUUGUGUCUCGCUUCUGAUUGGCUUGUGUUUUGUUAGUGGGCGCGGCAUAGCACGUGCUGCACAGCGUUGCACGCUGUUGAAUGGGCUCCACGUUUUACGAUCGAGCUGCGCCGAUCAUUAUUGAUUUUCGAUUGUCGGAACUUUCAAUAUUAAAAAGUCAGCAGUUUACGGUGCGACGUUUUGUGAUUCCGCAAUAGUUCGCAAUCCAGAUCGUAUUGCUCACUUCCACGGGAUAGAUUCCGUUUCUGUCUCCGUCCGUGGAUCUGUUCUGGAUCUACCAUUAGAUGGUAGCAGAGCCGACAGCGGUUCUCUGAUUUGAUUUGUGUCAGGCAAAGUUGGCCUGUUAUUGACGUGGAACCCGACCAGUAAGGCACAGGUCUGUACUCACAGCAAAGCGCAACACCACAAGCGGUGCAAUUCCUCCAUCUGACGUGGAUUUUCCAGCUUCGGUUUUCGGUACGGGAUCUUCAGCGAAGAACCGUACUGUUUCCUUAGCUGUGCAAGAGUUCAAGAGAGCAGUCGCCAGUGUUCCUCGGUGUAGAGUCUUCAGCGAAGACCUACACUGGUGUCACUGGUACUCGGCAAGGAUUCAGCGAAUCCUAAGCCGUGGGGCAGAAGCGCCGAAACGCCGAAAGGGGCGUACGGAAAAGACCGAUCAGACUCCUCCAAACUGGAGUAGAGCGCCACCACUGUUGCUACGGCAGUCAGCCGGCACAGUAAUCUAUUGAAAGCGUGCGGCACCACCGUUACGGUAAAACCGGCGGCAGCGCGGGAACGGAUAGUGGAAGAAGAAUCUGGAUCAUUUGGAUCAUUUCCCCGUGGAACGCGGAACGGACGGACGGUUAACAGAUUGAAGCGGAAAAAUGGCACAGAAAGGUCAAGCCACUCCUAAACGUACGGGAACGGCGGCAGACAUCGAUCGGUUAACGGGCUACAAUCCAAAGUGUCCGGACUGUCUACGUAAUAACAAAAAGGUUGAUAAGAAAUUUCCGUGCUACGCAUGCAUUCACAAGCUGGAUGACCCACAUAUCGUCUCACUUGUUGGAGUCUCGGAAGCCAAACGCGGGAACCUGGAUGUCUUCCGCAAUCUGAUAAGCGCAAGGAAUUACGGCAGCAUCCCAGUGGAAGAGCGAAUGCUACUCGAGGAUCGCUACCGGGAAGCGAUCCGGAACAACGAACCUGGUUGGGAUGACACCUUGGAGCCGUUGAAGUGUCCACAUACGGACGCGUAUCGGAAGAAAUUCACAGAGGACCAGGAAAAGAUGCGAGCUCAGCAAAUGGAAGACGAACUCCGCGCGAAAAUUAAUGCGCAAAAUAAGAAGGCAAGCGAACAGGCCGCACGAGAGGCGUUGCCCAGUACGUCGGGUUUAGCUGCACCCACGGGCAUGGCCAGCCUUAACGAAGACGAAAUGCAACUCGUACGACAGUCGCUUAUCAUUCAAAUUGAAACCUUAACGAAAGAUCCAGCUGCCAUGUCAGACGAGAUAUUCAAAAUGCUGCUGCGGGAGAAGAAACGACUUCAAGACGGGUUCGCGCCGGCACCCUACAUAAAGAAGGAAGUCGAAAGACGUAUGGAUGACCUACGUAAAUCUCGCCGAACUGAAAGCGAUGUGCUGCAAGCACUCAGAAGCUUCAAACGGGAUGAAGGCUUCAUACGGCCACGAUCGCCUCCGCAUAGAGAAAGGUCACGCGGACAUUCACGUGAACAUGAACGGAUUUCUGAAAGACGGAGCGAAAGGUCACGUGAACACUCUCGUGAAAGGACACGUGACUACCACAGUGAAAGGUCACGCGAACGGUCCCGCGACAGGGAUUACCGCGGCGGAAGAGGAUGGGUACGCCACGGCGAUGAAGUAACAGAGAUGAGCAUUCAGAGGAAGAUUGACACAACGAAGUUAUUGGCAGCGACCAGAGAACGUGAAGACAAACGGCGUGCGGAGACAUUCCGUACAGAACCUGAAAAGCAAGGGCAUCAGGUGCCGAUGGGAGUUGCUUUCCGUAAUCGUAACGUUAGGAUGUCAACACCCGAAAGGUCAUGGGAUAAGAGACGUGAACAUACGCGAAACCGAACGCCUGACCCACAGGAUAAAAGAUGGCAACAGAGAGCUGCAUUUUACGCGACCUUUGACUCGGGCGCAAGUAAAAGGUCAUCAAGCACUGAACGAGAAGAUUCACCCCCAAAGUAUCAGCGGGUGGAGUCAGUGGUUCAUGUAGUGGAUCCAAUUGUGAGCGUCGUACAAGAAGACGAUGCGAUGGAAGGGACUAGUUCGAUUGCGGAAACGUCUCAAGAGAACGUGACCCAUCGACGAAAUAUAAUUCUGGAUAGUGACCUUCAACUGGAACAACCGGCUAGUAACGAACCGUCGCAGCCUGAGCCAGGAGAGCGACGGGAACCAGAAGGUCAACGAGAACCGGAUAAUUAUCGCCGGGCUGAUCAGCGACAGAACUCCAGAUUCGAUAACCGACAACCGGAUACCAUCGACAUGGAAUAUAAUACGACUGAUAUUGAUGAACAAACGGUCGAAAUUUGUCGAUACUUUGGACUUGAGCCGGAUUCGGUUGAAGCCAACAAAAUCGGCACAAUUUUGAGACAGUUGAGCCAAUUCCUACUUGACUCGGGUUAUGCGAGAGAGAUUAAACAAGGAGUGGAACAAGGACUUUUCCGUCAGUUGUUCAUCCACCGCGACUCGGUACGGGACUGUUAUCUCCCUAUUCGACGGAAUGGACUACAUAGUUUGGUGGAUUUAAGUUUAUUGGAUGUACCGCUGGACACAACUGACCCAAUCGGGAUGACACAGUUCUACUACAGAGACUAUCCCGAACGCCAAGAAUACGUGGCUCAGUUUGUUCUACGACAUGUGAACCCAGCUUUCAAGUUGCUUGCAGCAAGGGCGUCGAUAGGACUACAGGUGGAUCCUAAGGACUAUGCCGCAAAAAGGAUGGGGCAAAAGGUCUUUGCUGCGAGACUGGCACAUUAUAAGACACAAAAUCAAUUGGUGUCUAACACCAUGAAGGACGACAUUCCACCGUUCUUCCGAGCUCAUGUCGCCAAGUUGGGACAACCGAUGGAACAUAUCAGCAUAGCGCAUACGGCUCGGAAGGCGCUGAAGAAAUGUAAGACACGGAUGGAAAAGGGCAACUUGACACAGCGCCACGCAUCCCAAGUAGAAGAAAGGAUUAAUAAGAUUAAAGAUUCUCUGGGAAGCGACUACGUCGAACCGGUGGACGGAAUCGAAAGUUACAUUGAUGACUUCUUAGUGAAGAAAAGUGACCGUCGUCCAGACCGUGCGCCUAACCAGAUGGGACGACGCGGCAUCCGAAACCAACAGCUGCGGGAUAAUCUCGCCGACGUGCAGCGUCGAUUGGCGGAAGACCCCGAUAACCGCAGACUGCGACUCGAAGAGAAUGACGCACGCCAUCGACUUGAGGCGGUUAAGCGAAGUCGCCAAGGUAAAGGUCGUGGCCAGCGCGAAGUUGACCCGACAAAGGUCAUGGAAGUUGACUCGACGGAACCAGUUGACCGAACUUCCGACCGAAACCAACCGGAAAGCGCUAAGAAACGCCCGCCGAGAGAUGGCGAGGGCGAUUCAAAUGAAAUGGAAUAGUGUUGACCUUUAGGAUCACACUAUUAAAAGGACGUCUACGGCAUUUGUCGGUACGUCACAAAGAUGAAAAUGGUGUUGUAUAAAGGACGUGACACGUGACAUGUUAACAUAAACUGUAUUUGUGUAUUUGUUGUUUGCAGCGUUUAUAGCACAGAAUUGCCUAAAAGAAAUCAUGUGGAGUAUCUAUUGGGGUUGAAAUUGAUUCGGUCUAUAAAGCCGGCCCCAAGGGAGUAGUUACGGCAGUUAGCCGGCUCUCCUCUCUAAGCGACUCAGUGUUAUAAAUGCACAAGAGAAACAACGGUAAUCAAGCCGGAUCUCUUGAAUACGAAACGGGGCCACAAGCGGCGAAAAAGAGAAAGACAACAGGUGGAAUAUUGAUGAGGUUAACUUAAUGCGGCAAUCAGUCGGCCUCAUUAGAGUUGUUACGGUAAACUGCGCCGGCACUCUUCUUAAGCGAUUCAGUGUUAAAGGUGAAACGAGAAAAACUACGGUAAUCGAGCCGGAUUUCUCGUAUUAACAUUGGCCACAGGCGGCGAACAAGAGUAAAAGAUUAAAUGUGGAAAUUUCAUGGGGUAAAUUCAAUGCGGUAACUAGCCGGCCCCAUCAGAGAUGCUACGGUGAACCUUGCCGGCACUCUGGCCGCUCGAGGCAUAUUGAAGUUGGAUGUGCGACGGAAAGGUCAACUUAAAAGUUUUACCAGGGAGGCAAGCGAAGAAAUGCUUGACGGCCGCAGAAAUUGGCUAAGUUCCUCCAUGACCUUUGAUGAGAGUUUGAAGAGAAGUCGGAUGACCUUUGGGAUUAUUACCGCCCAAGAGAGUCACCGUGUUAGAAUUCAAGUCGCAUGACCUUUUGGGACCAUUAACCCAAACCGAGUCGCACAUCACAACGGAUCAUCUCAACAAAGGAUGACCUUUACCAGGGAGGAAGCGAACUACGCUGGUCUAUAUGACGUCCCUCCAUGACCUUUAUGGAUCUCAUUUUGAAGUCGUACAAUUGAUACGCACCAUAUUCCAAAGAUGAAGCAGUAUUCCUAAAGUCGUACUUGAUACGCACCUGAUUCUCAAGCGGAUUGUGAUGAAAAGUCGCACUACGGAUGCGCGGAAUUGCUCAGCAGAGCGGAAUAGGCCAAAAGUGCGGAAAACGGUGGACAGGACCUGUGACCUUUGCGAGUCAGAAAUGGAGGAUCCUAGUCUACAAUUUGAUUAAUACUUUUGUUGAUCUGUUACUGUUGAUCUGUUCUAAUGAUUUGAUAGUAUUUUUAUAAUUGGAUCUCUUUAUUUCACAUUGUAUUAAAUGGAAUUGUGCCUUUACGGAAUUGAUGUGAUAAAAUGGAUUAAGAGAAUUUGAUGUUUUUGAGCACACACAGGCACUCGGCGACCGUCGUCUUCUCGUGGAUUCGGGAGUGUGUCCAGCCUCACAGGAGCUCGGCAUCCCCCCAGAGGCAUGUGAGACCGGGAUCACUAGCGUUCACGUCAGUGGCGCUAGGCGCUACGCCUUUGGAUUAUGGCCUGUGUUGUGUCUCGCUUCUGAUUGGCUUGUGUUUUGUUAGUGGGCGCGGCAUAGCACGUGCUGCACAGCGUUGCACGCUGUUGAAUGGGCUCCACGUUUUACGAUCGAGCUGCGCCGAUCAUUAUUGAUUUUCGAUUGUCGGAACUUUCAAUAUUAAAAAGUCAGCAGUUUACGGUGCGACGUUUUGUGAUUUCGCAAUAGUUCGCAAUCCAGAUCGUAUUGCUCACUUCCACGGGAUAGAUUCCGUUUCUGUCUCCGUCCGUGGAUCUGUUCUGGAUCUACCAUUAGAGUCACGUAAAGUUAGCUUGGUUCAUUAUUAAUGUGGCUUUUUCACCGUUACAGAACUAGAAAUGUCGUUGAUCGUUGUCAUUUUGUUCCAUUGACGAUCGUUGUCAUUUUGUUCCAUUAGAUUGUGAAAACUGUUGGUGUAUGGUGCAACGUGUCUGUUAAUCUGUUGAAGGUAAUCGGCAAAAAACUGUAUUAUCGAACGGGAGAAACCCGCUCCACCUGCUUCCUUUUCAAUGUUUAAGUCUCGAAACGAAAGUCAAACCGCAUUUCUGCACAAAACAUAAAAAAGACUACCCGACAAAUCACUUGGAUUUACCUAGCAAUGGAUGAAGCCCAAGCCGCCAUCUGGUUGCGGCUAAUCCUUAGGCUAACAAACCUACGUCUGGAUUCGCUGAAGUGUGGUUCGCCAGUGGAAACGACGUGAUAAAUAGUGCGACGAAGAGUAAUGUUAUUAAGUACCUCUGCGGCACGAAUAACCUUGCUCCGCGGACAGUUAGUCAGAGUAAAUCCUCCAUUCUGCGUUACAGCAACCAUAUCCACUCCAUGUAACGAAACCAACUGGGCCGGACGCCAGUACUCCUCACCAGAAUCAAAGUCCACAAACACCUCAUCACUGGGUGUGAGUUCGGCAGAGCGUGACCGACCAAGUCGUCGCAUAAAAUCUCGUCGCGGGACACUUGGUCGGCCAUUUUUCGUCGCGGGGACAGUUCGUCUAAGGACUUGUCGUCGCUAGACUUUUCGUCUCGAGACAUCUGGUAAUCAGACAUUUGGGUACACGGACAACUCGAGUUCAGACAUUUCGUCGUGAGGACAAUUGGAUUCGCAAUUUUUUUAAUUGAAAAUGUUUAAUUUUAGCUUGAAUAUACCGCCGUUUCACUCAAAAUUUUUCUCAUUUAGACAAGCCCAACAUAUGGUAUAAUUCCUUAUUUUUAAAAAUUUCGAAAACGUUAUAUUUCGAUUAUUAACAGAUAUUAAACAAACUUACCCAGUUAUUCAAUUAGGUACUUGCGUGUAAUAAGUACAUGCAGUAAAAUCUAAAAACUGCGCUGUCUUAUACAGAAACACUAUUACGAAUACUGUAUAUUAAUAUUCAAUAUUUAUGUGGUUUCUGCAGUUAAGGUACUAGAAAAUUGUGCAUUAUGGGCCUUUAUGGCUAACCGGCAACUUGAGUGACUAAUUAUAUUAUAGUAAUUGUCUGUAUUUGAAGUUUAUGUACGAUUAACAGUGUGAAAGGCGAGAGAGCCUUGAUUGCCAUUAUUAAUUUAGGUCGAAAUUUUAGCAACGAACAGGCUUCUCUGCGCACACUGUACAGUCUAUCAAUUACUCAUACGUGUGCACAGCAGACAUCGUAACGCAGAAUCACUUUCUCAUUGCAAGACAGCGAUAAAAGGUGUCCCAGUUUCCGUCACGCAGUCCAUUUUGACCACUACAGAAACUGCAUGAAUAAAAUUAAUAGUUUCUGGGCUACACUGACACAGAUCGCACUUAAGUGUCAGUGAUAUUCAAUUGUCUCCGUGUUUGAAGGAUGACAUUACCUUUCCCAUCUGCCUUCUGGUUGUAAUGCCAGAGAAGUGCUGAUUUAUUCCAAAAAUCUGUUUUUCAGUGGCAAAACCAAACUUUCAGAAUCAGUCGCUCGUAAACAAAUAUUUCCUCAACUUUUCUGCUUGAGGUUACAAUUCCAGUUUGACCGCCUUGCCAACAUCGUCAAGGACUAUAGCAACCAUGACAAGGUCUGAUUCUUGCGAAACAUUGCGGCAAACCUGGAAUUGAGUGUGUGAGCGGUCAGUUACGCAUGUUUUCAUUAGCAGAAGCAGGAUGUUUUUGUUUGCUAAAUCUUGAAUGUGUCGAACUAUGGUGUGGUUAAUUAAACUUUUGCAUGCCUCAGUUUUUGUAAUUUUGAGCAAUAACGAUCGCGGUUAAUUAAACUCAUUUCACGAUUUUUACUAACUGUUUCCUCUUCGGUUUUAUUAUUUUUAUAUUUUAUUAAUACUUUCUUCUUGGCGACUCUGAUUUGUCAUUAAAUUCGGCUUGAAUAUAAAAAAUUUCACACAACGAAAAGUCCAUCCAACGAAAAGUCCGUGCGCCGAAAUGUCCUAGCCUGGCAACGAGGAGUUUGCUACCAAUUGUCGCGUUAACGAAACUUCCGAAAACGAAAUGUCCUUAAAACGGAACGUCCAAAUACGAGUUGUCUCACGACCACAAGUCCUUUAAACGAACUGUCGCCGACGAAAUGUCCCGCGACGAACUGUCUCGCGACGACUUGUCACGUAGCCCGGCAGAGUACCCGCUGGGAAUCAGCGAUCUGCCUUGCCUGGGUUCCGUCGGAAAGGGAAGUUGUGGUUUGCUGUCGGAAUGUUUGAACUGCGGAUUCGUAUACACAGAAGCUCAAGACAUUUAGAAACUCUUCCGCUGUACUUCCUAAAAGCCACUUCAUCUUUAAGCUCACGGUUUACGAUGCAAACAAAAUUGCCUGACUAAAGCGCUUACUUUUACUGGACCGUUAGCCAGUUCUGCAUCGGUCAGCAGAGGCAUACGAACGAGAAACAACGCGUUUCCCAAUAAUCGGCGCCGAUUAGCCUGCGAUGGUUCAAGAUUUUCCCGAAGGCAGUUAUCUGUUGCCCACCUGCAACACCUAUGACCAGCGGAAUCAGCUCUACUGGAUGGUUAUUUUUGACUUUCGGUCAUAGCCCGCUACCCACUUUUCUACGGCCGUGUACAUCCUAUUUUCACCAGCGGAUAAAGUGUUCCGCUGUAAAAUCAUUUCCAGUGUAUCGUGUCCAAUGGCGCUGAACUGCUCCGAUUGCAUAAGGAUAUCACAGUGUUUGUCCAACAGAUUCAAGCACUUCUCCAGAAAUGCAGCCAUACCAUCAUGCGUACAAAGUUUAAUCUACUCAGAAAAACUAGGAUAUGCCAACCUACCUUUUCCGCAAAGAUUAGGCAAUUAUCGGCGUUCAGUUGGGUGGUGGCAAAGUGCAAGCAGAGUUCUAGCAGUUUUGGUAGGUUGUACUUGUCAGCACAGUAAAUCGUCUCGAAAACAUUGUCGACUUGCAGCUCAUUGUCCAGGCAACGAGUGUACAUAUACCUAAACCAAGAAUAUGUAAACCUAACGAUUCAAAUCGACCGUUAUCACAUUCUUUGUAAUUGUGACUGCAUGUUCCGAGUCUGACUUGAGCAUGUUGGUGAAAGCAUCUGGUAGAAUCUCCGGGAUAUCAAUGGCGCCGUCGCCACUUUCGGGUAAAGCUCCAUUAAACAUAGUGUGGAAGACGUCGCUGUUAAGGCUCAAUACGAAUCUGAAACCAACUUUGCUACUAAUAAUUAUAAAACUCAAUAAUCGCUGAAAGGCGCAUGGACUGACUUAUGGGCUGGGAAGGUCUUUACUUCGCCAUACUGACGUCCGACUGUAAACAGCACAUCGCUCAUUUCCCCACUCGCUAAGAUGUGCUUCAGAAGGUCGACAACUCCCGAUUGAGCACUUCGCCAUUGAGAAUUGAGAGCCGAUGGAGAGGAAUGUUGGGACAUUGUAUCGGAUCCAAAUCUGCCAAUUGAACCGGAAGCUUCCGCAUAGAGAUGUCACAGUCGCAAAUUUUUGGUGCGUUUAUUAACCUAUCGCGCGUGUUAUGAGAAGA